UCGCAUCGACCGCGUUGUCCGUCGUGGGAGAUCGAGUCACGUCUCGCGACUCGUUUGCAUCUCCGCGAGUGUUAGUUAUCGACACGCGUUACAACGGCAGUGCUCGUGCGGACUUACCGCUCGUAAUAUUCUCGCGCUCCCGCGAUCCCAGCAGAGUGCUCGCAUGCGUCUCCUGUUCUAUUUUCCGUCGUCUACGCUGUAAAGAGAAGCUUUCCGACGCAUUGCUCUACGUGUGUCGACUACGUGCUGUGCACCUUCCUCGGCUGUUUACAGACCAAGUCUCACUGCGGGCACGGCACGAAACGCACCCGACGCCGAGUCCCUCUCUGCCCUUAUUGUGUCUGUCGGUUGCACGUAUAUACAUUUGAACGCAAAUCAUUGCGAGCUCAAGCGACGAGGAAUAUGAUUCUGUAGCAGUGCGUAAUAUUUCACAGUGUCUCUCAGGAUGUUCAAAGAAAAUGACAAUGGCGCAGGAGGUUGCAAUGGCGCGACACCUCGUCCACGGAGGAUAUUUCCUCGAUUUUCAUUACGCAGAUUAUUAUAUUCCAGUCCGCUUAUCGGCCGGCGUAUCGUAAGAACGCCCAGUUCAAGCAACAGGAAUGCGAAAGGAAAUAUUUCCACAACUAAAGAUCAAGCAAGUGGAAGAGUGGCGGAUGUUGAGAAAGGAGAGGCCAGAGUGAGCAACGGUUCGAGCCAUUUCCAAUUUCAUAACAUAGAUCUACAGCGUGCUUCCAGCAAAGGCUCCGGACUGUUCUCUGCGGGAAAGAGUAACGAUGGACCGAUGGAGUGUCCAUUGUGUUUAGCCGACUUGCCGGCAGAAUUCUUUCCCGUUAUCCAGUCUUGCCAUCAUCGCAAUUGCUAUGAUUGCUUUCAGCAGUAUCUCAAGGUGGAAAUCUCCGAAUCCAGGGUCAAUAUAGCUUGCCCCGAGUGUAAUGAACUAUUACAUCCAAAUGAUAUUCGAAUGAUCUUGAACGACCAAACUCAGUUGGAGAAGUACGAAGACUUUAUGGUUCGAAGAGUGCUCGCCGUAGAGCCCGACGCGAGAUGGUGUCCUGCUCCUGACUGCAGUUUCGCUGUAAUUGCUAGUGGCUGUGCUUCGUGUCCGAAAUUACGUUGCGAACGGCCAGGUUGUGACUCGUAUUUUUGUUAUCACUGUAAAGCACAGUGGCAUCCCAAUCAAACGUGCGACGCUGCUCGAGCGCAACGUUCUCAGUACUACGAACGUAGCUCUUCUUUGAGUUUUAGUCAAACCGAUUCACAGCACAGAGACGACAUAAAGCCAUGCCCGAGAUGCCAAGUUCUGAUUGUCAAAAUGGACGACGGGAGUUGCAAUCAUAUGACGUGUGCGGUUUGUGGCGCAGAAUUUUGUUGGCUCUGUAUGAAGGAAAUCAGUGAUCUUCAUUAUCUAAGUCCUUCUGGCUGCACUUUUUGGGGUAAAAAGCCGUGGUCCAGGAAGAAGAAGAUUCUGUGGCAACUUGGAACUCUCAUAGGAGCUCCAGUUGGAAUCGGUCUCGUCGCUGGUAUAGCAUUUCCUGCUAUGAUUAUAGGUAUACCUGUGUGGGUAGGACAGAAAUUAUACACGAGAUACGAAAAGGCUAACAAGCACAAGAGGAACGCUUUCAUUCUGGGCGGUGUUACUGCAUCGGUUCUAGUGUCGCCGGUGCUGGCGGGAUUAGCCGUGGGUAUCGGUGUUCCCAUACUGCUGUUCUACGUCUACGGCGUGGUCCCGGUAUCACUUUGCCGAAACGGCGGCUGCGGUGUCACCAGAAACGGCACCGGAGUGCGCUUCGAGUUCGACGAUGAGAACGAGCUGAUGGGCGCCUUGGGCGCGCGCAACGGCGGAGAUGCAGCGUCAAUAGACGUCGCGAGUCACCGCGGCGGCAAUCCUUCAAUAGGAGAGGCCUCGCUCUCGCUGGGUAGCGGCAGUCAGUUGGAGAAAUUAGGCCGGGAAAAUGAUCGCGAAAGCGCCAGCAACGUGGCCCUAGCUGGCACUAGUCUCGCGGGGAGUAUAGCCUCCAGCGUACUACCCGGAGGUCAAAGAUUGGAGGUCCAGGCUGACGUUACGUCUACGCAACGCUUCAGUCUGUGCAGCGAGACCGCGUCCGCGGCUACUAGUCUGUCGGAAAAAUCGGUGAACGCUUCCAUCGCCUUAGAUGAUGGCGCGGCUUCCACGAGGGCCUUGGCCGGUUCCGUUCUUAACUUCAAGAUGGACAGCAGUUCAAUCAGCGGUGGUAGAAGUACGGAGGGAGAGCAACCAGCUAGCUCCACCAACGGCGGUCAUAUGGACUCUGCUGGUCAAGCGACAUCGUUGAGCUCGUUGGAAGAAAUGGCGCCGGGCUUAGCAAAACGCACCCGGCGUAAGCUUACGUUUGAUCCUCAGUGCAGCGAUUCUGGUAGCUGGAUUAUGGGCGGCGAGGACGGUGUCUCGGAACGAGUACGAUUCGACGAUCACGUCAGUGUAAUUGAAGCGGAUCAAGAGAGGGUAGUGGGUGGCAAGUUGGAAAGCUGCGCGAUGAAUAAUCGUUCAACCGGCGGCCGUAAGCGCAAUAAAGAUCCGGAGCAAGAGACGGAUGUUCAAAAGACGUCCAAGAGCCCGAACGGUGAGUCGAACGCCGAGAGCCCCGUGGACGAUACUUCGCGGGAGCGCAUCAACGUCGCCACUUUGAGAAACGUAUUUUUUCACGCUUCAGCGAUAUCCACGGAUCGCGAGAAACGACUGUCGGUCAUAGAGGAGCCGACGCCGCUGACCGUGUCGCAAGCUGCCGGCAAUCGAAUCUGCACUUCUUGCGACGAGGGUCAGAGUUCUACCGUUGCGGACGAGAAUUUGCGUUGCUAAGAUGGUUAAGACUGAACAUGGAUGUACGAUGUGUGUACAGAUGCGUAUAUACAUAUGUUGAGUGUGUAUAUAUGUAUUAAAUACCGGAUAAAUGUACGAUGCGUUAACACGUUAAGCACGACGAUUGUACAUAUCCACAUAUACAUACAUAAUACGCAUAGUUCAAAUGCUACACAAGAAACAAAGAAAUAAAAAUAUCGCAAAAAAAGUAACUCUAGUGCAUUUGCGCUGUGACCGUGUAUAUGUGAGUAUACUCUGUACAUAUAUAUACAUAUGUUAUAUGCAUAUGUAUAGUAUGUAUGUGCGUAUAUAUGUGUGUAUAUAUAUAUAUGUGUGUAUAUAUAUGUAUGUAUGUAGUUACAUACAUAUGUAUAUACAGACAUAAUACAUAUACAUAAGAUAUACAAAUACACCACAUAUGGCCCCCAGAUCGUUAUGGAAAGUGAAUAUGAAAGUUAAAUACAAAAUUCUUUUUUGCGUCAGCAUUAAUAAUGAAAUGCAUUAAAUUACAUUCGUUAUUAUGAUAGACGGAACGGAAGUCCUAUCAUUUACAUUAAUAUUAUCUUCCGAUUGUCAACAUUCGGUUUGUAACGAACAGGAGGACAAUACAAGCUAAGAAAAAGAAUUACUAAAGUGAAAGUUAAUCUCACGGGUUGUCGUUGCAUUUUAUAAGUCAAAUACUGCUCAUUACGUCUUUAAGUAUAACGCGUUUAAUCGUAUGUUUAAUCUAUCGGCUAGUACAUGUAUAA